AUGUGCAUCAAGAAAAGCAAGGAGGAGACAGUAGAGUGGACAGGGUUAUUCCAGGGGGAGAUGAAGACGGAGCAGGCGUCGCUCGUUUUCGUGAAAAGGAUGAUGGCGGUGGCCGUGUCCUCCAUCACGUAUCUGAGAGGAAUCUUCCCGGAGGACGCCUACAGGUCUAGAUAUUUGGAAGAUUUGUGCAUUAAAGUCUUGCGUGAAGACUGUGGGAGCCCUGGAGCAAACAAAGUUGUGAAAUGGAUGAUGGGCUGCUUUGAUGCAUUAGAAAAGCAAUAUCUUCAGAUUGUGUUCAUCGGGGUCUACACCAACCCUGAAGAUCCUAAUAGCAUAAUUGAGUCCUACCAGUUCAAAUUUAAAUAUGCGGAGAAGGGGCCACAGCUUAACAUAAUCAGGGACAAUGCUGUGCAGAUGCAAGUGACUCUAGCGGACACAAGAAGAGCGACUGUGUUGCUGAUCAGGAAGCUGUUUUUGCUUAUGCAGAAUUUAGGCCCCCUCCCCAACAAUGUCUACCUCACCAUGAAGCUUUACUACUACGAUGACACCACCCCUGAGGACUACGAACCACCUGGCUUCAAAGAGGGCAAAUGUGACAGUUUGUGGUUUGAAGGCACAGCCGUGCACUUUAAGGUUGGCGACGUUCACACACCUUUUCACACAUUGAGGUUGCGUGUGUCGGCAGAACAAGGUCGACUGGCCAAACUACAAGAAGGAAACCAUCUGAGAGACACCGCACUUGAGAAAAAUGAUGAGGAUUAUCAAAAAAGGGAGUUAGAGGAGGAGGAGGUCCCUUCAGAAGACGAAUCAGCACAGUUCAAGAAGCCCAUACGACCUCUGGCAAAGAGAAAUACUACUAUCAAGACGAACAAUCGGAAUCAGACCAAAAGGAAAAGAAAAUGUUAG